CAAGGUAGCACAAGACUCUUUGUCGGUUUUGCUGCCCCACUUGUCACCAGGCGAAGGGCCAACGUUUCACAAAGGAGUGAAGCGCUUCAACCCAUUUUGCUACGGAAACAGCGCUGAGGACUCGGUUUGCUCGGAAAGUUGCAUUACCAGCAUACAUCAAUGAGGAGGCCAGGCAUGGCUGUGUUUAAGCAGCAGAAGGUGGAAGACAUUUAUGAAAUUGGAGAAGAGCUGGGAAGUGGCCAGUUUGCCAUAGUGAAGAAAUGCCAGGAGAAGAGCUCUGGGGCCGAAUAUGCCGCCAAGUUCAUCAAGAAGCGCCAGAGCCGAGCCAGCCGCCGGGGGGUGAGGCGAGAGGAGAUUGAGCGGGAGGUGAACAUUCUGCAGCAGAUUCUUCACGCCAACAUCAUCAAACUCCACGAUGUGUACGAGAACAAGACCGACGUGGUCCUCAUUCUUGAGCUAGUGUCUGGAGGAGAACUCUUUGAUUUCCUGGCCCAGAAAGAGUCUUUGAGUGAGGAGGAAGCCACCCAGUUCAUUAAGCAGAUUCUGGAUGGAGUCAACUACCUGCACGCCAAGAAAAUUGCCCAUUUUGAUUUAAAGCCUGAGAAUAUAAUGCUGCUAGACAAGAAUAUCGCUAUCCCACACAUAAAACUGAUUGACUUUGGUCUGGCUCAUGAAAUAGAGGAUGGAGUUGAAUUUAAAAAUAUUUUUGGAACGCCAGAAUUUGUAGCCCCAGAAAUAGUGAACUACGAACCUCUUGGGCUGGCAGCAGACAUGUGGAGUAUAGGCGUGAUCACUUACAUCCUGCUCAGUGGUGCAUCACCAUUCCUCGGGGAGACCAAGCAGGAGACUUUGGCCAACAUCACUGCUGUGAACUACGACUUCGAUGAAGAAUUCUUCAGCCACACCAGUGACCUCGCUAAAGAUUUUAUUCGGAAACUCCUGGUGAAAGAUACACGGAAACGCCUGACAAUACAAGAAGCUCUCACUCAUCCCUGGAUAACGCCCCUGGACAAACGUCAGGCCAUGGUGAGGCGGGAGUCGGUCGUGAACUUGGAGAACUUCAAGAAGCAGUAUGCCCGGAGGCGGUGGAAGCUUACGUACAGUAUCGUCACACUAUGCAAUCAUUUGUCUCGCUCAUUGAUGAGAAAAGUUCACCUAAUGCAAGAUGAAAGUUUGCGCAACUGCGAAAGCGACCAUGAGGAAGACCUUCCAAGCAGACCGCCGGCUCAUCAUCUCUUGAGGAGGAGAAGCAGCAUAUCUUAACUGAGUUCCGCCUCACAGAAACAAGCCUCAGACUGAAACGCUUAGGGCUUCAAAGCACAGUGCAAACCAUCACGCUCUGUGGGGAUGUCCUUCUUAUCCAGAAGCAGACAAGCAUGAGCCCAAAGCCUUGUGCAAGGAGAGAGUCCAGAUCCUUCCAAGACAGGGGAAAGACCUCACCAACCCCCAGACUCCUCCUCCUCCUUGCUGAGAGAUCCAUCCAUUAGGCAAUGCAGCGGUGGGUUGUGGGAUUUGGGGCUUUAGUUCUGGGGCAGUUACAGUCUUCACUGUAACCCUGUUGUAAUUUGGCUUCUAACCUUUAUGUACAAAUGUGUGCAGCGAUAUGGAGUGUCCUCCUUUGAGACACCAAGUGCUGCAAGUUGACGGCUCAUCAUGGCCACAGCUGGACUCACUCAGGGUUUGUGGGCAGGGUGGCUUUUCCAGGAGGCAAGUGAGGCAGUGAUUUCAGGCCGAGCGUGAAGAGGGGCAUGGAGGUGGCAAGCUCUCUCUCCACACUAGAACCAGGGGUCAUCCCAUGAAACUGAUGGCCAGGAAAUUUUGUAUUGACAAUAGGAAGUGCUUUUUACACAGUGCAUUAACCUAUGGAACUCUCUGCCAUGGGAUGUGGUGAUGGCCACCAGCUUGGAUGGCUUUUUAAUGCAGGGGCUUAGAGAAAUUUAUGGAGGGCAGGACUAUCAAUGGCUACUAGUCGGGUGGCUAUGGGCCACCUCCAGCCUCAGAGGCAAGAUACCUCUCAGUGCCAGUUGCAGGGGAGCAACAGCAGGAGAGAGGAGGGCAUGCUCCUUUCAGCUAUGCCUGUGGGCUUCCCAGGGGCAUCUGGUGGGUCACUGUGGGAAACAGAGUGCUGGACUGGAUGGGCCUCCUUGGGUCUGGUCCAGCUGGGCUGUUCUGAUGUCCUUAAGCUCUGUCUCCCUACCAGACAGACCCACCCACCCACAGAUGGAGGGUGGCUUCCGGCCCCUUUCCCUCCAGCAGCAAAAUGUCUUGGAGCCCCCUAUUUGUGGGGCAGCAGCUGAGCAGCUUCAGCCGAGCUCCACGCCAAAUCGCCAAGUGCUGAGAUGGGGGCGUGGCAUUAGGGUUGCCAACAUCGCACCGCCUGAAGAAGGGACACGAGGCAGGGACGAUGCAGGAGGAAUUGGGAGCCUGGGUGCUGUAGGGAUGUUAACCACUUUCAGCUUAAAUGAUGGUCCAAGUUUACAACUCAGAUUGCUUCUCCUCUGCUUAUUGAUAAGCAUGCUUAGCCAAACUGGGUGUGAUGUUGUUGUUUUUUCUAGAAAGAGAUGUGUUGUUAGCCAGUAAAAAUAGGUUUCACCCAUGAGCACUAUCUAGGAAUCAUCGCUUGCAUGAUUUUCAUGAUCCCGAUACCUGGAUAAUGCAAAGUUGGCCCGUCAUUGAUGGCUGUGAAUGUUUUCGUUGGUGGCCCCAAUAUGGGACUGUUGGCAACCCUAGGCCUGCAGCCCACCAGGACGACAGACGACUCUGGGAGGGAGGGAGAAGGGAAAGGAGCUGCUGGAGCUCAUGAAGGAUUUCAUGAUUAGUGGAAAAUAACGGGUUUGAUCUGAGCCAGAGGCUCUUCCCAUUACCUGAAAAGAGGGAGCAAAUGGCAUCCCAUAAGGGACAGACCAUUUGGGGUUGAAAUAAGGGGUGACCCUGCUAAUAAGGGACCGUUGGUAUCCCUAAAUGGUGUGGCCCCAACCGAUGAGGUUGAGGGCGGAGCAAGCAGAUCAGGUUUGGAGUGGAAGAAGCACAAGCAUUGUCAGGGCUGGAUUGAGGGUGGCGUUCCAAAGAAUGCAGUCAGGGGAGGCACCAGGAGUUGGCGGCGGCGGCGGCGGCUGCUGCUUUGAACAGUGACAAGUUGUUCGGCUGAUGGGCCAGCUGCAAAGCCAAGUCUUUUUUGGCCUAGUUGAGCUGGGAUUGGCCAGGGGUGUGUGUGUGUGUGCGUGCGUGUGUGCGUGCUGACAGCUACUGCUGCCUAGAUGACACCCUUAGCCAACUGCUUUUACACACACACAAACACACACACACACACACACCCUCCCUCCCUCCCUCUUAAACAGAGGCGUAACUAGGGAAAACGGCGCCCGGGGCAAGCAAUGAAAUGCCCCCCCCACCGCCCCCCCCAACAUACUGCAUUAUACUUAGGUUUUUCCUCACAAGCACCCACCGCCGCCGCCAAGCCAGGCCACUGACUGGCCACCAGGUGCCAGCAAAGCAAUGGGGGGGCGCGCAGGCGGCGCGGAAGGGACUGCUCGUGGGGAAGGGGGCGCCAACGCGCUCCCUUGACUGCUGCAGUGCUCCUGCACAAUUCCUGCGUGUUUCUUUAGGGCUUGUCUGGCUGACCUUGCAGGAGAAUUCUCCCCAGCUCUUUGUUUACACUUUGUUUUUUUCCUUGUAAAUAGGGAAGAUUCAUACAUGCAAUAUAAUUACCUUGCUUGCAUGCAUGCAUGCGGAUGCACAUGAACACACAUGUAUGCACACAUGUAUGCUCUUUUGAAGGUUUAUGUUAGUAACCAAUAUGUUCUGCUGCCCAAUCCUGUGGAUCAUUACUUGAGAGUAAGCCCUGUUGAGCUCAGCUAACUGUGCAUCGAACUGCAGCCUUAGGUUGCAAUCCUCCACACACUACUCCACUUCUAGGGAGUAGGCUCCAUUGAGCUGCACAGGACUUGGUUCUGAGUAAAUCUAGAACCCUAGAAUGUCAGAGUUGGAAGGACCUUCAAGGGCCUCAGCUCCAGUCCCCAGCACCAUCCAUGCUUAGGACAGCUGUGCAAAUUGUUGUCUCUUUCUCAAUGGGCAUUUUUUCUUGAUACAUGGAGAUUGGAGGGGGGCGGGGCAUAGCUUAGCGGCAGAGCCUCUGCUUGGCAUUCCGGAUGUCCCGUCCCAGGUUCCCUCCCUGGCAGCAUCUCCAGGUAGGGCUGAGAAAGACUCCUCUCUGCCACCCAGAGAGCUGUAGGGUUUCACACCCUACACCAAACUGCCCAUCAGUGUAGACAGUACUGAGCUAGAUGGACCCAGUGGUCUGACUCAGUACAUGGCAGCUUCCUGUGUUCCAGCCAUGGGAGUUGUCAUUCCACAACAGCUGGAGACCCAAGGCUGCCUACCCCUGCAUUUGAUUUAGGAUGAGUCUGCUUGCCUGCAGAAGGUCCCAGGUUCCCUCCCUGGCAGCAUCUCUAGGUAGGACUGGGAAAGACUCCUGCCUGGAACCCUGGAGAGCAGCCGAUGCCAGUCAGUGGAGACUCUAAAUCUACUCUUCCCACUACCAGGCAUGCCUAGAACCAGGCAAGAGGCUCAGUUCUGCUCACAAACCUUCUGAUAUAAGUCAGGGGUCCACAGAUGUGGUUGGACUACAACUCCUAUCAGCCAUUGUGGCUGGGGAUUGUGGGAGUUGACUUCAGGAGAUCCAAGACUGAGAACCCCUGAUGGAAGGCAGGAAGGGCACAAGGCCAGGAGUCCACUCCUCAGGAGUUAUCUGCAACACCUGAAGAUUUCCAUCUAGGUAUUCAAUAUCGUUUUGGAAAUGUCCUAUACUGUUACAUUGAAUAAUAUUAUGUUAAAAUUGUUGUGCUCUGUGUUGAGAACCUUUUUUCUUUUUUAAAGCAGUAUAUAAAUGGUGAAGAUGAUACUCUAA